AUGAAAUCACAACAAAGAAUUCGUUUUGUCAAAGUUUUUCCCAAUGCCUAUACGGAAGCAGAAAAAGAUCAAAAACUGGUCCACUUGAAGUCUACAAAUCAGCCAUCAGGUACCGCGGUAACUGAAAAAGAAACAAAGGAUCAUGUGCAUUCAGGAGUUUCUGGUAAUAGUCAAACAUCCAAAGCCGGAACGUUGAGACGAAGAAGAAGAUCAAAGCCUUUGUUUCAUGAUGAAUCCAAUCAACAACAGCUUCAAGAGAGCACAACUUUACUUCCGAAUAUUCCUCCAAACAAGUCAUUCAUUUCCAACAAACCAGUUCGGAAUUACAAGACUUCUUCUUCCCAUCAUAACAAGAAGAGAAAUGUACCCAAAACCAAUCACGAACAAGAUCAUACAGACGCUAACGACCAUCCAACAACCGAUCCUACAAUUUCUAAUUUGAAAAACACGAAUACAACAACUCAUGAUUUGUUGAAUCAUCACUUGAAAAAUUCUGAAACAAGCAACAACGCCUUUAUUUAA